UGAGGUUACCUAACCCUUCACACCCUCGAAAAGUCCGCCAACCCCCGCCCUAUCACUAACCCCAUCCCCCAAACAAAACAAAACUGAAACCCAACCCCCAAAGUCACUGCUACUUGAUUAGUAGUUAAUUACAAUUAGUAUUGGUAUUAACAAUUAAGAAUCCCAUUUAUACAGAACCUAAACCAUCCUACUACCACAUUCCCCAUUCGCCAACCCCUCUCCUUCUCUGUAACUGAUGGAAGCAUCGGCAGCAUUGUCGCGCAUCGGGCUUGCGGGCCUGGCGGUGAUGGGCCAAAACCUGGCUCUGAACAUAGCGGAGAAAGGCUUCCCAAUCUCCGUGUACAACCGCACAACCUCCAAGGUCGACGAGACCGUAGAUCGGGCCCGCCAAGAGGGCUCUCUCCCUCUCACCGGUCAAUACAACCCCCGCGACUUCGUCCUCUCACUCCAACGGCCCAGAUCCGUCAUCAUCCUCGUCAAGGCCGGCGCCCCCGUUGACCAGACCAUCGCCGCUCUCUCCGACCACAUGGAGCCUGGCGAUACCAUCAUCGACGGCGGCAACGAGUGGUACGAGAACACCGAGCGCCGCAUCCACCAGGCCUCCGAGAAGGGACUCCUCUACCUUGGCAUGGGAGUCUCGGGCGGCGAGGAGGGCGCCCGUAACGGUCCUUCCCUCAUGCCCGGCGGCUCUCUCCAGGCCUACAACAACAUCCAGGAUAUUCUCUCCAAGGUGGCCGCUCAGGUCGAGGACGGCCCCUGCGUCACCUACAUCGGCGAGGGAGGUUCUGGAAACUUCGUGAAGAUGGUCCACAACGGAAUUGAAUACGGAGACAUGCAGUUAAUCUCUGAAGCCUACGAUGUUCUCAAGCAUGUUGGUGGUUUGAACAAUUCUGAGCUCGCUGAUAUUUUCGCGGAGUGGAACCGUGGGGAGCUUGAGAGUUUCCUCAUUGAGAUCACCGCUGAUAUCUUCAAGGUGAAGGAUGAGGAAGGUGGUGAUGGUUUCUUGGUGGAUAAGAUUCUUGAUAAGACCGGCAUGAAGGGCACUGGCAAGUGGACGGUUCAGCAGGCUGCCGAGCUUUCUAUUGCGGCGCCAACCAUUGCUGCGUCCUUGGAUUCCAGGUACUUGAGCGGGUUGAAGGAGGAGAGGGAGAAUGCUGCCAGUGUUUUGAAGGAGGCUGGGAUGAGUGAUGAUAUCGCAUCUGCCGCGAGGGUUGGCGUCGACAAAAAGCGAUUGAUUGAUGAUGUGAGGCAGGCAUUGUAUGCUUCCAAGAUUUGCAGCUAUGCUCAGGGGAUGAACUUGUUGAGGGCCAAGAGUAAUGAGAAAGGUUGGAACUUGAAUUUGGGAGAGUUGGCUAGGAUUUGGAAGGGUGGAUGUAUCAUAAGAGCUGUGUUCUUGGAUAGGAUCAAGAAGGCCUAUCAGAGGAAUCCCAACUUGGCGAGCUUGAUUGUGGACCCAGAGUUUGCGAGGGAGAUGGUGCAGAGGCAGGCUGCUUGGAGGAGGGUCGUGGGGUUGGCCAUUUCGGCCGGAAUCAGCACUCCUGGGAUGUGUGCUAGCCUUGCUUACUUUGACACGUACCGGAGGGCACGGCUGCCAGCUAACCUUGUUCAGGCUCAGAGAGACUUGUUCGGAGCUCAUACUUAUGAGAGGGUUGAUCGCCCCGGAGCUUUCCAUACUGAGUGGACAAAACUCGCUCGCAAGAGUGGAUCUGGGGUUGGUGCUCUCAAUUGAUACUGUGUUUUGGUUGGGUUGGUUAGUUGUAUUUGUGCUUUAUUGUUCAUGCAGAAUUUGAGUUGAAAAAUUGACACUGUAUGUGCUUCUUUUGAGGAUCCUUGUUUAGGCAGAGGAAAAACCACUAUUGUUUACUUCUUAUAUCUGUUUUUGCUCUUAAUUUAAUAAAAGCAAGGUUUUUUCCA